ACACAUUUAUAUCAUACACAUUCUUCUCUCUCCGUGUCUCUCUCUCCCUCUGCGUCUUCCUCCACUAAAAAACUCGUUUUUUAAAUUCACAUUCUCCGACACUUUUCUUUGUCUAUCUAUUUGUGUGUGUGUAAAAUAUACGAUACGAACCCCUAAACCACCACAGCUACAUACAUUCUCAUUCAAAUCUAACGCCCUCUGCUUUGAUUUCUCUCUCUCUAAAUUCAUUUUCAGAUUCAGAUCUAAUCUGCUACAUUCGGUGGGAAAUGCUCGUUGCUUUUCUCACCACCCAAUUCCAAUCUCUCUAAACCCAAUUUAUAGGUUUUCAAACAGUAAGGCUCUGUUUGGCUCAUUCUUCAAAAAAAUGCUCAUCGUUGGUCCAAUCACUCCUGGCCAGGUGUCGUUUUUGCUUGGAACCAUACCUGUUAUUGCAGCUUGGAUUUACUCUGAGUAUUUGGAGUACUACAAAAAUGUAGCCCCUCCCAAAGUUAGGCACUCGGAUGUGAAUUUGGUGGAACUAGGGAAUGAUGCGGUGAAGGAAGAUGACAGAGCGGUUUUAUUAGAGGGGGGAGGUCUCCAAUCAGCCUCUCCGAAAUCUCGAAGUUCGUUUGUUACAACUCCUUUCUUCAGGUUCCUCUUGAUGGAGGAUUCUUUCUUGCUUGAGCAUCGUUUGACGCUUAGAGCCAUGUCUGAAUUUGGUUUGCUCUUGGCUUAUUUUUACUUGUGUGACCGCACAGAUUUCUUUGGCUCAUCAACAAAGAGUUAUAAUCGGGAUCUCUUCAUAUUUCUCUACUCCCUUCUCAUCAUAGUUUCAGCAGUAACUUCUUUCAAAAUACAUAAUGAUAAGUCACCAAUCACAGGGAAAUCUAUUCUUUAUUUAAAUAGACAUCAAACUGAAGAGUGGAAAGGUUGGAUGCAGGUACUUUUUCUGAUGUAUCAUUACUUCUCGGCAGCAGAAAUCUAUAAUGCUAUCCGAAUGUUCAUUGCUGCAUAUGUGUGGAUGACUGGAUUUGGGAACUUUUCAUAUUAUUAUAUCCGCAAAGAUUUCAGCCUUGGAAGAUUUGCACAGAUGAUGUGGAGGCUUAAUUUCUUGGUAUUUUUCACUUGUAUCAUCCUUAACAACAGUUACAUGCUGUACUACAUUUGCCCCAUGCACACGCUUUUCACUCUUAUGGUUUAUGGGGCGCUUGGUAUUCUGAACAAGUAUAAUGAGAUUGGGUCAGUCAUGGCUGUAAAAAUCCUUGCUUGCUUCUUAGUAGUUAUCUUAGUAUGGGAAGUACCUGGAGUGUUUGAAUUGAUUUGGAGCCCGUUAACAUUCCUUCUUGGUUACACUGACCCAAAUCCUGCAAAAUCACAGUUGCCCCGAUUGCAUGAGUGGCAUUUCCGUUCAGGCCUUGAUCGCUACAUAUGGAUAAUUGGGAUGAUUUAUGCUUAUUAUCAUCCAACUGUUGAAAGGUGGAUGGAGAAAUUGGAAGAAACAGAAGCAAAGCGCAGAAUAUCAAUUAAAACGGCUGUUGCAUUGAUAUCUUUAGUGGUGGGAUACAUGUGGUUUGAGUAUAUAUACAAGCUAGACAAGAUCACCUACAACAAAUUCCAUCCAUACACUUCGUGGAUUCCAAUAACGGUCUACAUAUGUUUGCGAAAUGUCACCCAGCAUUUUCGUAGCUACAGUUUGACCCUUUUUGCAUGGCUUGGAAAGAUAACUCUGGAGACCUACAUCUCGCAAAUCCAUAUCUGGUUAAGGUCGGGUGUUCCAGAUGGUCAGCCAAAAUUGUUGCUCUCUCUGAUCCCAGACUACCCAUUAUUGAAUUUUAUGCUCACUACUUCAAUAUAUGUUGCAAUUUCUUACAGACUCUUUGAACUGACAAAUACAUUGAAAACAGCAUUUGUCCCCAGUAAAGACAACAAGCGCCUUACGCACAACAUUGUUACAGCAGUAGCAGUCUCAAGCGUUAUAUACUCCUUAUCUUUUAUAUUCCUAAAAGUUCCUCAGAUGUUGGUUUGAGAAUUCAAUCAUGUAAAUACAGUAUAGAAGGCUGCCGGGUUCUGUAAAGUUCUUGAACACAUAGAAGAGUACUGUUCCACUGCAAGAGUUGUCUCCAUAACAAAAACCGAGAAAUGGAUUCUUCUGCAGCCUGUCACUUGGUUACUAAGGGAAAAAUCAGAUCUUGGUAAUAGUAAUAUAUUUUGGGUCAUUUUGUAUAUGAAAAGUGGUAAUGGAUAUAGCUUCUAACCCAGGGGUGGUUCUUGUCACGUUUUAACAUUAUCCUACCCACUACAGUAAAAUGAUUAUAAGUGCAAUAUACUAGUAUAUCAAAUGUGACUCAAGACUUGUUUUCAUUGGAUUAAUUUGUAUUGUCAA